GAGGGAAGAUACGUUUGGGGCAUUGAAGAGGAGAGCAGAGGAGUCAGAAGCACAAGUGCAUGUCAACGCUUGGAAGCUGGACGCAGACAAGUGAGAAACAGAGCAAUGUCAGGCUACCAAUAACCCCACAACAGAAAAAGAAAGAACCAUCAACACAGCCUCAGUCACUGAGAUAAGACUCAUAAAAUAAAAAGGCUUAGGAAUUUGCACCGUACUUACACCAUCCGCAAUGGCAGAAAAAGCCAACUCUGCUGCGUAACCGUUCUCUCCCACGCGGCAAUCCCUCUUCUUUAAUUCCCGUUCUCUCUUACCUUUGGUCACUCUCAUUCCCCCCCUUAAUUGCUAUUCUCGUUUGUCAAUUUCUCUUCUCGAUAUUCUCAUUCUUCCUUUCUUUCUAUUUACGCUUUUCACAUCAAAUAUCUCUCUGCCUCUCCCAUUUAUGAAACACACCAAUACCACCCUCCUUCUUCCUCAGUCGUAGAUUUCAUUUCUCGCUUUGCUCCGAAUGUCGUCGCCGGCUACGAGCAAGGGCCACGGUGGCGACGAGGGAAAGCUUUACCCCGCUCCACUUGCCCCUCAUGACGACGUCUGCAAGGACCCUACUCUCUUCUGGGAUACUCUCAGGCGCUUUCACUUUGUCAUGGGCACCAAAUUUAUGAUUCCUGUGAUUGGAGGGAAGGAACUGGAUUUGCACGUUCUUUACGUGGAGGUUACCAGAAGAAGUGGGUACGAGAAGGUGGUUGCAGAGAAGAAAUGGAGGGAAGUUGGUAGUGUUUUCAGGUUCUCAGCAACCACCACAAGCGCUUCUUUUGUACUCAGAAAACAUUACUUCAGUCUUCUUUUUCAUUACGAACAAGUUCAUUUCUUUAAAGCUCGGGGUCCUCUCUACACUCCAUCACCAGAUGCAUUUUCUGCCAACAGCCAAUCGUGGAGACCUGAAUUGGCGAUUGUCCAAUAUUCGCCUAAGUCCAUAAAUGAUUCUCCUGAAUCUCGUCAUCAAGAUACUUCAUGUCUUUCUGGAAAUGGAACAAUAGAGGGGAAAUUUGAUUGUGGUUAUUUAGUGUCGGUGAAAUUGGGCUCAGAAGUUCUUAGAGGUGUGCUUUACCAUCCAGAGCAGUCGGAUCCGCUUCCAUCAAUCCCGCAACACAGCAAUGCCAUUGUACCAUUCAAACGCAAACCUCACCGUUCUGGUCGUAGGAGGAAAAACAAAAGAAGGUGGGACCCCAACUACCCAAAGCCAAAUAGGAGCGGCUAUAACUUCUUCUUUGCUGAAAAGCAUUACUCUCUCAAAUCACUCUACCCAAACAGAGAAAGGGAAUUUACGAAAAUGAUUGGCCAGUCAUGGAAUAGUCUUAGCCCUGAAGAAAGAAUGGUUUACCAGAACAUUGGCUUAAGAGACAAAGAAAGAUACAAGAGAGAAUUGACAGAGUACAAAGAGAAAAUGAAGCUGAGGCAGACCUCAGAAGUUGGACGUCCAUAAAAUCUCACUGGAAGUAGCCUUCAAUCUUUAUGGCUGCAAAAGAAUGGAUGUGUUGACUCUUACAUGCAUAUUGUUAUGGAUAAUGCUCCACUGGCUGAGGUCUACAAGACAAUUGUUUUUCUUUUAGGAUAACGAGUGUCGAUUGUCAGACCAUUUCAUUCAGUUUAAUCAAUCAAACUAUCAUU